AUGGAAAAAGAAGAGGAAAUGUGGCUAUUUUGCACACUGUUUCCUGAACAGCACAAAUUUGAGAAGGACACCCUUAUUAACUUUUGGAUGGCUAGAGGACUCAUAGAGAAUGAUGAUUACAAGAAGCUCAUCCGCGACUCAUACUUUGAUGCUUUAGUAGCUGAGGGUUGCAUUGAGUUAACAAACAAAUGCUUUCCUAGUGGAGAAAGCAUGUACAAAGUGAAUGCUGAGAAGAUGAAAAGCUUUACAAAGACAGGGCGAGUAAAAUUGUAUCAUCAAGGAAAUGCAUCAGAUCCUCAUCUCACAGACAACAUUCCAACGAACCUAGAGAAUUUAUCUUUGGUGUGUCAAGAUAUUGAUCAAUCCAUAUUCGACCAAUUCAAACAGUUGAAGAACUUGAAAUCACUUCUUCUAUUUCACCAAACAUCUAAGGCCAGUAAAAUCAUCAGGAUUCCAUAUAAAAUUUUCUACAAUUUGAAGCAUCUGCAAGUCUUGGAUUUGAGUGAAAUUUGUAUAGAAAACCUGCCAAGUACCAUAGGAGAAGCAAAGGAAUUGCGGUAUCUUGAUCUGUCAUAUUCAUUGAUUGAGCUAUUGCCAGAGACUAUAGACUGCCUCAAAAACUUAGUCACUUUGAAACUCAAGGGCUGUGUCCGUUUAUAUAGGCUACCAGAAGGGAUUGUAAAGUUGACAGCACUUCGUCAUUUAGACCUCAAUGUUCUUGGCCAGUUAUCCUUUCUCCCGAAAAAUAUGGGGAAGCUUACUAGUCUUGAAACGUUAUCAGCGUUCCUCAUUGACAAUGGUGAAGAUCGUAGAAUCAGUCAGUUGAAGAAUAUGAACAAUCUUCAGGGUAGCUUUUGCAUCUCAAAUUUGGAACGCGUUUCAAGUGGGAUGGAGGCCAAGGAUGCGGCUUUGAUUGAGAAGGCGAAUAUCAAGAAGCUCGAGCUAAGAUGGAGUAUGCCAAGGUUGACAGAAAGCAAAGAGCAACUACGUGACUAUGAAGUACUUGAGCAACUUCAUCCACCUUCAAGCCUAGAAGAUCUAGAGAUAUCAGGUUACUCUGGCUUGAAAUUUCCGGAUUGGAUUGGUGAUUACAAAGUGCUUCAUCUCAUUGUAAAUAUCACCCUUGUGACGUGUGUGUACACCAUGCUUCUUCCAUCACUCGGCGAACUACCUUUCCUCCGCAAUCUUCACUUGAUUGACAUGAAGAGAGUGAAAAGCAUUGAUGCUGAAUUCCGAGGAGAUGUUAACAUUGCUUUCCCUGCAUUAGAGAGGCUUACAAUUGUGGGUAUGUCUCGUUUAGAGACAUGGACUGAUGUUAAGGAAGUGGAUUUUCCGCGCCUUUGUAAGCUUGUGAUCGAGCAUUGUCCUAAACUCAUUGCGCUCCCUUCACUGUCGUACUUCCAUUCAUUAAAACAAUUGGAGAUAAGCCAAUGCCCUAAGCUCUCAUCUUGGUCGAAAACAUCGUUUCCAUCCUCAUUGAAGAUGCUAAUUGUAGAGAACUGUCCUUCCUUUAAAAGGAGGUUUCGUAAACCCAAUAACAAGGAUCAGAUGAAGAUAAUGCAUGUCCAUAAUGUGUGGAUUGAUCAUGAAGAGACCGCAAAUCUCAAUGCAGCAACCCAAGUUCUCUAA